GGAGGUACAAUCUUUGGAUGGACAGAGGACAGACAGCUGCACGAUACGACGGUAUACUCGACGUUUCCGUUUCACACACUAUUUGCUAUUUUUGCUGUGUGGCGUGUGCGCGACUGCAGCGCCAAUGAAAAAUGAACUAUAACAGCGUCCUUAAACGCCGAAAUCAGCCGAAAUUGACCACUGCGUAGUGUUGACAGUGUCGUUGAUUUAGCUCUCCCCACCACCAUGACUUCGCACAUAGCGAUACCGUCGAUUUCCACCAUUUGUUUUGACUAAUAUCAUAUAUCUUUAUUUCUUACUGUUCUAUAAUAUAAUCUUGAAUUCGAUUUACUUUCGAGGCAAAAAAGUGCAGAUAUAGGCAAAUGAGCCGGAUUAUUUGUGCAAUGAGCUAUAUAUGAGAAACACUUCGGCUAUAAUGGUUCGUAAAAGCAAGGAGCGUAAAAGCAUGUAGCAACCAGCAACCAGCAAAACAGUUUGUACUAAAGCUUUUUUGAGUAGCGGUUAACUCUGUAAGCUUCUCAAAUUCAUAUUUAUUUGAGUUAUCAUACGUCGAUAGCGAACCUUUUUUUACCGAUGAACGCGAUUUAUAAUACGCGACGAGACAAUCUAUGAGUUGCAUUUAUUGGCGCUGUAGUCGCGGAGGUGCACCACUGCUGACAGUGCUGACCACUGCACACCAAAACAAUACAAUCACCACUGUUACACUGCACACCGACGCCGACGUAACUCGAAGAAGGAGGGACAUAUUGAUUUUUUUUUUGUGUUGAAAAUGUAAACGUGUGCGGGUGUGCGGGCUGCUGCGAGAUGGCUAAAGUACCUCCUCGAGUAUUUUAGAGGUGUGGUUGUGGUUUGUGAUCGAAGUAGCACGAGCUCCCGACAGUGUGUUGUACUCGCCUGUACAAAAUAUACUAUAUAUAUAUUCAUAUACAUGUGUGCAUAUACGCUUGUAUACACACGUAGGAUAUUAGUCGCCGCGGUAAACUGGUGGAAGAUCGGCCGCGAAUUUUUCGUACGACCAAUUUAGCGUCCUCAUAGACGAUGAGAAGCUUGGAAGCAAAGCGAGAUGCGGGCGUUCGUAGUUUGUGAACCAACGAGAUCGUUUUAGAACCACGACGAAUGGUAGUCGGUUGCAAACGAAAAAAAAAAAAGAGAAGGGAGACACUUAAAGCAACGAUUAGUACGGAGUGUAAUUCAUUAAAUCAUGAAGCCUGUUCGUGUGUUUUUCCUAUUCUUGUAAUUAACCAUCGCUAGGUUAUGACCGUGUUCAAAUUUUCGUUCUCGUUGCCAAGCGUACUCGUGUCCUCGAGGCUUCGAGACGCGACAAACUGUCAAGUCUCACCUAUGUUACUUUCUACUGAUCGUCACAAUUAAUUUCAAUUACCAAUUUCUAAUACAAUUACGACUUCGUUACGAAUACAUUCAAGCGUAUUAUAAUACAUUUUUGUAAUAAAAGACGACUUGUCGCUUUUUCUACUCAACUUUCCACGUCCAACAAUUCUAUGGAAACGGAAUUUUCGGUUUUUUCUUUUUCGGCGGGAAAAUGCUUGAAGCUUGAACUGACAAUCGAAAUUUUCAAAGAUACUAUUUGUGUCGAGUUUGAGCGUGUAUAGAAAUAUUCAAAUGAUGAGCAGCUGGACGGAAAGAAUGCAUCGCAGGGCUGCAACCCUGGGAAAUGUAGUCACAAGCUGUGGUCAUCCUUCCUCCGUUUCACCCUAUCCGAGACGCUUGGAGAAAGUAAAAUUUGGAGUUCCGCUUGACGAAGUAUGCAAAAAUGACAUACCCGGCCCUUUAUUAGUUCUCAUCCUCAAACUCAACAAAGAGGCUCCGAUGAAAAAAGAUGUAUUCAGAGCACCUGGACAUCAGGGAAAUAUGAAAAAACUAAUUCACUUCCUUCAAACCGGUCGUUUAGUCAACAUGGACAAUUUUAGCGUUUAUACAAUAGCAAGUGUGCUUAAAAAAUUUCUGCGGAAAAUACCUGGUGGAGUUUUUGGAAGGGAAGGUGAACAACAACUCUUUACGGUCAUCAGAUUGGAUAGCAUGGAACAACAAAGGGACCAGAUUCAUAAUUUAAUCACCUCUCUACCAAUUUACACGCAACGUUUACUGGUAUUACUUUUCGGAACGUUCCGAGUUGUUGCUGUAAAUAGCGAAAAAGCUCGGACAGGGAUGUCGAGCGAAGCCCUCGGGGUGUCUGUGGCACCGUCAUUUUUCCAAAGUUGCGUUAGCGAUGGCAAAACGGCCAAGAUGGAAGAUGUAUUGAGAUUCAAGGCGGAGGUCUCAGUGGCAACGAGAGUGAUGAAAUUCAUGAUCGACAACUUCGGCGUAUCGAAUUUAUUCGGGCGGGAGAAUUACGAAUUCUACGCAAGAAUCACAGGAAGAAUAUUGAAAGUUGAAGAAGAUUGGAUAUUCAGCUUUCGUUAUCCACCUGAUACGCUCGUAUCAAGACAAUUAUCAUUGGAGGCAGAAAAAACUUGGUUGCAGUACGAAUGUGAAAGAUGGGGCCUUAAAUUUAAUUUGGAUUCCAUUUCUCAUCACGAAGAAUCCCAAUCUACACCAGCGUUGAUACACGUUCCCGAAGCAAUCGAACUUACUUCGUCUCUUGGCAUGAUACCGGAAAAUACUUUACUAGAAAGUUAUACAAGACUCUCCGUUAGUCUCGAAGAAAACGGAUUGUUUCAGUAUUUUGUGCAGGCUUCAAGCCGUUCGUCGAGUAACGGGAGUUAUCAUUCUCGACACGCAGCAAUGACGCUCGAUGAAUUAAGAGCGGUUAAUCGAUACGCCGAAAGCACCAAAAGUCUCAGCUAUCUGCCGCAGGUUCACGAAAGACAAACCGCGCGAAUGCGAACUCGUUCCGAGUGGUUCUUAACGCCCGUUGGCGAACGAUUGGCCGGCACUGAUAGCGAUCCAACUGCUAUGCAUAUUCUCAGAGGAUCCAAUCGUUCAUCGUCCGGUAAUAUUGCUGCUGGUUUGAGCGCGAGUGCCGAAUCCGUAAAACGUCCGAGUCUUCGUCGAACUGCAUCAAGAGAAAAAAGUCGCCUGCAUCGAAGUUCAUCGCGUCGCAACAAAGAAAACGGUGCGAAAUGUCGUGCCAGUGAUACCAGCAAAACACGAUCACUCGAAACAGUGAAAAUUAAACGAGUUUCUCUGGAACAACCGGGCGAAAAAAUAAUGAAAAAUAGCAAAGAAGUUCUCAACGAAGAGGACAGGAAAGAUUGCACAGUGGAUACACAAACUGACUUGACGAUAGGACCACAAGAUUGUACGGAAAUGGACGUACAAACAAUUCACGUAACACUCACUUAUAAACCAAGAAUUUGAAGUAGACGGUAGAGUUUUCCGCACUCGAGAACUCUCCGAUAAAUUCCAAAAAGAAGGGUAAUGUUUUUUUAUUCAAGACAGCCACGGCUCCAAGGAUGUUACACAUGAAACAGCCCACAAAAAAAAAUCAUUUGCAAUUCGAUGAAAAUUUUUUUAAAACUCUGUCAUUUUUGAGACUAUUUUGUUAUUUCAACAGCCCGUAUUCAGACUUGAUACGAAAAUGUUUACAAAUAUUCUGUACUACCACAGAAGUUGAAGGUUCCUGAAACAUUGAACGAGUGCUUCAAUAAAUAGCGGUUCAUAAGAAGCUCGGGAAGAAACGUGAAUUUUGAAAGAAUAAUUUUUAAUGAAGUUUCGAUGCUAGCAAAUUAUUAUCAAAUUUGACGGUGUUAUUAUUAAUGAAAAUAAAGUUUUGUAACGACUCAAAAAUCAUUGAAUUUUUGCGGGAUUUUCGUCGAAUUGAAAAAGAAAAAUUUUUGGUUAAAAUAAAUGUUUCAAACUUCCUUAAAAUCGAAGAGAAAAAGAUUGCACGGUGAUCCACUUCCGAGUGAUCGCUCGUUAGCCAAACGUACAAAUUUAUUUAAUUGUAGACGAUAAACUAAUACGAGGAUUCACGGUGGAGCCUAGCUCGCGUUGUGAAUUCUUAUGAAAAAAAAUCCACGCAUUGUGCGAGAAAAACCACAAGAACUACUCCGACUUAAACUCCAUCCGAAUAUCGCGAUCCAAAUUUCCGUCGACUUUCCUAAAGUCAGAUUUAUCGAAGAUUGCUUGAUUUUCUGGAACACAGAUUCAGUCUGAACCGAAAUAACCGGUCUGUCCAUUCUGAAUAUAAAAUAUGAAAUUUGAGCUUUGAAGGAAAUAAUGCAGGUUUUUACUUUUAUUUAUUUCAAAGAAAUCAACCAUAAAAAUACAUCGUGAUUUUUUCCUUCAAUUAAGUCUCAGUCGUUGUGAGUUCUUGUGGAAGUUCUAAGAAACUCGUUCUCCGCGUGUAUCGAGCUCAUUCCAUUACAGACGAAAAAAUUUUGAAAUUUAAGAUUUUUUUUACUCGAGUUUUUCUUCACUCGAAGGUGAAAAUCCACUGUACCAUUCCAAAUGCAUUUCGUAUGAAAACCGAGAAAAUCUACAACUCCUAGAAUUAUUCGCGGGGUAUAAUUGUAAGUAUUCUUUUUUACACGUCUCUGAAAAUGUAAAGAUGACAUAAGCGGAAGUGUUAUACAUUGUUUUAACGAAGUGAAAUCGAUAAUUCGUAAUUAGCUGUGAAUGAUAAUGCAUCAAUUAUUCGGAAGAUACGAGAUUCACGAAUUUUUGAAAUUUUUAAAUUUUCUACGGAUUAUUCGAUACCAACGCUCAUAGUAUUGUCACGUAUGGUAUUAUAGAAGAGAGGAGAAGCGAACGUAGGAAAACCAGAAUCUGAGACAAGAAAGAAAAUGUUUUUUAUAUUGCGUUAAAUAUUUAUUUUUAUUUUUAUUACCGUUAUUCUUAUUUUUUCGUAAGACAUUUAAUCGCCUAGAUCGAAUGCACAAGAAUUUGAAAGAGGUGACGAACAAGUAGACACAAAAUUAAAGGCAAAUUUGUAGUUCUUCGUUAUACAGUAACGAUAAUUUCUUAGAUAAUUGUAAAUAUUACAUAUGAAAUUUAUGGUUGAUUUACCUUGUUUCUUCACACUUACACAAUGUACAAAUUGUGAUUAACGGUCAAAAUUUAUUGCAAUUUUGCUUUUCACAUUGAAACUAACUGUAUUAUACUAGUAGUAAUUUACACAGUUUCGUUGCGUAGUUUACUUUAAAUUCAUACAUAAUAAUUGGAAAAAUCGUAAAUCUAUAGGAAUUUACUGUUUUGAUAACUACAGAAUGACUCUGUACGAUGUAGCGAUCGUAAUAAUUAUAUUUUAACUAUUUCUUCCUUUUCGUUACAACUGAAGUGCCAUUCUAAAGAUUAUUUCGAUUCAAUUUUUUUUGAAACUCUCGAGUUCUGCUACGUUACAAAAGUUUGAGCCCCCGUUUUUUCUUUAUCAUUGACUUCUGAACGUUCACGAAAAAUUAUUUUUGAGUUUUAGAUCGUUAGAGCGUAGUAAAAAAAAAAUUUUUUUUUUUCAAAAUUAUUCAAUUGUAUAAUUUUCCAUCCGUAUAAAUUGUUGUUUAAAUUUUUGUCUUGAACCCCAUUUUGUUUUUACGAAAAACAAAUAAUUGUACCUAGUUGGAUUGACUUCCGAAAAAUUUCUCAUCAAUUUUUGGCGACGAAAUCGUCUUCCUUCAGAAAAUUAUUUCUGAUUAUAAUUAUUUCUGACUCAAUUUCAAUUCAAUUAAUAUUUUGAUCAGCGAAUUUUGAAAAAGUGGUCAAAUUUUUUAUUACCGGAGUGGUUUGUUUUUAUUAAAAAUUAAUUCCAACCAACCGGCGAUUUGUAACUGAUAAAAAUCAAUACUCCAUUUCGAAAAAUGUAUUAUUAAAUAGCCGCACAAAAAAAUUGGUGUUAUAUAAAUGCUUGGAUGAUAAUUGUUAAUGGUAUAAGUAUGAAAUGUCGGUUGCGUAUGGAUGAAAAAAAAACUAGCCAUUGUAUCGUUAAAUUUCACCAACGAUGCGUAAUCAUAACAGUAAUUUCAUACGGAGCUAUUCAAACCAUGCCCAGCUCGGGCAGUUCGAAAUAAGUUUAAAUCAAAAACGUACCGGUUGCUCAAGUCGUGUCGAAAAAACAGCAAAUUCAUACACAAAUAAUAAUUAUUUUUUUUUUCCAUUUCCACUAUGAAAAUGCAAAGACACAAAACGUUUUAUUUCUACUCGAAAACAAAAAAACAAAAUACGAAAGAGAAAACUGUUUAAACAACACAUGAUUUUUCUCAACUUUACAAAUUGUUUUAGUUACGUUCGUAUCACAGUAAUGGGUUUUUUCUGCUAAAUUAUCUAUGUGACAAAAAAUGUAUUCCGGAGCAAAUUGAAGUCGGUAACAGUUUAGUUAAAAUUCAGCUCUUGAUUGACAUUUGCUACUUUUUGGACAUGACAAACAAAACGACUAUUAUUCGGAUUGUUUCAGUGGGAAGUGUAAAAAUGAAUAAUCAUUACCCUGGUUGAUAUUUUUGAAUGAAUCGCACAUUUGACUUCAUAUUAUUCAAAAGUAUUUCAACAAACAAUCUGAAUGAAAGUCAUCAUUUCAACUGCCCUAUUGUGGAACCGGCACGAUUUGAAGUGAGAAUCUCAAAUUCGUCGUAGCAGUAAUGACAGUUUUAUUUUUAUUGAUCGUAUUAGCUUGCACCAAAGAUUCGUUGUAAAUAUAUCUUAAGAAACGCACGAAACGAGUAGAAAAAAAAAACUCAAAAGAACACUGUAAAAUGAAAAUUCGUUUCUGACAAGAGACACAAUCUCUUGGACAAAUGUAUUCGAUUAUUCAUCAUUUUUUUGUAGACUCGUUCCACCGUUACGAACGUAUAGAGAAAAAAAAAUCGCAAAUUAUGUAUCACAUACGUAUAUGUGAUAUUUUAGGGAGUAUCGAAAUGCUUCGCAUAUCACUAGGUUUUACGACUUGAUUAUUGUCGACUAAGUAUAAGUAUACGUACACGAACAGAAUAUACAACGUAAAAGAAAAAGGUAAAAAAAACCAUUUGUCACCCUAUUGAAUCGAUAAUUGUAUAAUUCUUCCCCUCUUAAUGUACCGAGUUACCCGAAGGGAGUGUGAAAUCCUCGAUUUUGUCAAUUCAAACUUGUUUCUCACCGAUGCUCUGUGAUGCUAACGAAAUUCUAACGUUUCUAUAAAUUUUCACAAUUGUAUAUAAAAGCUAGAUUACUCUUGUAACGAGCUCUCGAAAGGUUUUAGUUCGACUAGUUUUAAAUUAAAUUAUUAAAAAGAACGAGAACGAAGAGUAGCAGGAAAGGAGAUAAAAAAACAGAGAAAAUAUGCCAAAUAUCGGUUAAGCGAGAGUAUUGAACUAAUUAAUGAUUUAUACUUGAUACGCGUAGAAUCGUUGACGUUUUUAAUAUAAAAACACUAAUUUAGUGAACAUUUUUGACAAAUCGAUUGUAAUACGUUUUGUAAGAUAGGUUGGCCCUGUUUUUAGGAUUGUGCCAGGACCAUACAUGGUAUAAAUAUGCCGGAUGCUGGUAUGCCCGCCAAGAAAAUAUUGUAUUUAAAUUUUAUCGUACGAUAUUGAAUCCAAAACAUUCAUUUACUUCUUUUUAUUAUUAUGCAUCGUUCGAUGUCGUGUGACACUGCGAUGACUUUAUUCUCCUUUCAUUACUUACUUCAUCUUCCAAGCGGAGAACAAUGCGAAAUGAAAAAAAAAAAAAGAAGAAAAAAAAACAAAAAAAACGACAAUAGGAGUAUUAUUCAUACUCGUUAUUCGCAUUCACACAAACUCACUACUUCAGUAUCAGAGAUAAUAUAAAAUGUAAACAAAUACCAAUGUUGCAGAAACGCUUGAAAAUAUAUACGUAUAUAUUCGCAGGACUUUAAAGGCCAAUCAAGCGUUGCAAAUAAAAGCAAAAGCUUUGAUCUCGAGAUCAUGAUACGAGCUUAAAAGAGGACCUGUGGUCCAAAAAAAAUAUCCGUGUACACGAAUAUGUAUGGUUUCGGAAUUCGCAUCAUUGAAAGGAGUGAAAAAAUCACAACUAUCAGUUUCAUCAUUUUUUUUACUUCUUUUUAAUGCAGAUAUGGAUCGGAAAUUCGCGAACAAAUCUUACCAAUUUCCAUGGCAUGCAAAUGCUGAACAAUUUCGAAAUUUUUUGUUUUAACAAAGAUUGAAAAUAAAAAAAAAUUUAGUCAAGUUUCAAUGAUGCGCACUUCAAAAUCGUUAAUAUAUAUUUACGCCAAAGUUUCCGAACAGUCAGUUAAUGGAUGUGCGUCGAUUUGGUACUCCUAUAUAUGCCAGAACGAAUCGAAUUAUCGAAAUGUAUUUAUAUUAAUAUAUUAUUUAAUAAUAAUUUAAUCAAUUAUAUUAACACACUGAAUAUUAGUACACGCGUACGUAAUACACGUAGUUAUCGAAACCGAAAUGCAUUUAAUCGUAAUCAACGUUUGCGGCAGGUCCAUGAAAAUUCGAUACUAUGUUAAUGUACAAUUCUUUUAUUUUGUUGAAAACUAUCAUCUGAGCCAAAUUGAAAUACGGAACACGGAGAAAGAGAGAAUUUGCUAGGGAUAUUGGAAAUCUGCCAUUGAUUGAAAAAUUUUAGUUGAAUAUUUAUCAAAAAAUUAAUUUUCUUCAAUUAAUUUUGAAAAAUAUGGCAUGAAAAUUUCUCGUUGAAUCUUUAAAAAACCAAAACUGUUAACAACACUUACAUUACGAAGUAAGCAAAUAAUCGCAAAGCUUAUUCCUGUAACAAAGUUUCUCAAAUUGUUUGAAAAAAAUUUGAUUGACGAAAUUUAUAUUUUUUAUAUUUCACAUAACUAUGAGGGCCUGGUAAAAAAAAAUCGUUAAUGACAGUACGUUCAAUUGCUCACGAUGCUUGCAAAAAUAAUUAUUCACACUGAAUGCAGUAAAUCUAUAAAUUUUGAAAAGAAAAAAAAAGUAAAAUUCUCAAUAGAUCUAUUAAUUCAAUAAUCUGUAUUGAUUUGAUCGAUAUUGAUCGAUCGAAGCAUUAUUUUGAUUUGUAAACAUUUUCACAUAUAUUUGUAAUGCACAAUUCAAGAUGCCAAAAACCUUUUUAUUAAAUUUUUCACAGUACGAUAGCUUGAUGUAUCUUACUAUUUGUUCAUUUCGUUUUUGAUUGAAAAAUAGUUGCAUUAAUAAUAAAUCAGAAAAAUUAUAAUUCAAGUUAAAAUUAUAUUUAUUUACACAACUGUGGCAAUUUGGCUUGCUUCAUCGUAAUUCUAUAAACCAUUGGUGUUUAUCGAUAUUCGAAGGUUUGAAGUUUCAAGAAAUGUGCAUAGAACUAACGGAGUCUGUGCGCUAGUUUUUUUUUCCAUUUCUCAUGAAAUAUUUGUGAAGGAUGAUAACAUAAACACAAUAAAAUUUGAACAGCAUAUCUCUGCGUGAUGUUUUAUAAAAAAUUUAUUCAAGACAUUAUUUAUAAACUGAAAAAAACAGGAAAAAAGUCUAUCGAGAUAUGUCCUACGAAAUGUAAAAGCUGAGCGAUUGAGGGGCUGUUAUUUGAAAUUAUAACAUAAUUUAAUAAUAAACGUGAUGUCAGAAUGUUCGAUGUUCAAACAAACUAAAAAGAUAAAUAACGAUUGAUAAUAUUAAUAUAUUGAUUGAUAAUUAACAUAAAUGAAAGUCCACAUGCGCCAUUGUCCCUAAUUCAGUAUUUAACUGUGUCCAUGAAUCGCAAUCAUACUUUCAUUCAAAUUCUCAAUCGGUGAUUUGUCUUUUUACCGAGGCAAACUUUCUGAUAUUAAGGAAAAACUUCAAUAAACGAAAACAAAAACAUUCAUUCCUCGUACAACGCAGAAUUUUAUGAUAAAUGAUAUGGGAAAAAAAAAUAUUAAUAUGAUGAGUUUAUAUUGUCGAACUAAUGAAAACGACGAUCAUCAUUAUUAAACAAAAUUACAAGUCUGCAUUUGCACUACGAUUUUUUUAUUGCAAGAAGCAUUGAAGAUAAAAAUGUGUAGUGCGACGAGAGCCACGAAAAAAAAUCACAUGUUUCGACGUGUUUUGGAAACAAAACUAUAUUAUACAUGAAAAUAAAAGACUUAUCUACACCA